UGCACAUGUGAACAUUGUGGAAAGAAGUUUGGUCGACCAUGGCUUCUUCAAGGUCAUUUGAGGACACACUCUGGGGAACGACCUUUCAAGUGUCAAAUUUGUGGAAGGUGUUUUGCAGACCGGUCAAACUUGAGAGCGCACGGACAGACGCAUGAACUCGUCAAAAAGUACAAAUGUUCCCAGUGUACUAAAUCCUUCUCCAGACUCUCCCUACUCACAAAACAUAAGUCUUCGUCCGGGUGCGAAUGA